AAGAUUUGUUAAAAAAGUUUUCUAUUUUUGUUAAAACAAAUAAAUGUAUUUAUUUAUUUGGGUCAUACAUACAACAAACAAACAGCAAGAUGUAGUAGAGGUACAUGUCUGGUAUGUCGGUCGGUUGGUCGGUAUAAUAAUCACGACGAUUUCUUUUUGUCUCUUUUCCCUCUUCUCUCUCUUCUACAAAUAUAUUGAUGUCAACUCAAAUACUCGAAAUUUUAUAUGUCUUUAAGAAAAAAAAUCCCUUUUAUCUUGGCCCACAAAAUGUACUCCUCUAAAUAAUGAACCCGGUUUAUGAAACAAUUGUUAUGUCUAGAUUAUAGAUAUUUGAAAAGUUCUUAAUAAAUAAUUAUCCAUGUUAAUUUAUAUAGAUAUUUGUAAAAAAACAUGUGUUUAUUAGGGUGUAUCAAUAAUCGAUAACUCUUAAAGCUUUUUCCAUAGAGUUAACUAUUUAAUUCUUGAAAGUAUAUUAAAUAUAAAUUUUAUAUUUCGAUUGUGGUUUAAUUGAUAGUUUAAAAAUAAAUUGUUAUUAGGUAUGUACUUAGUUUUACGUUAGUUUUGUUUAAUAUUAAGAGUUUUAAUUGAGUUAGCUGAAUUUUUCAUUAACAAAUGAACCGAUUAUUAUAUAUAGGCUUGGGCUAGUUAUGAUCGAAAUUUUGGAAAUUAUUUAAUUCACUUUUAUUGAUUGCUAAAAGGGAAAUGUUUUAGUAGGUCUAACCGUAAUAUAACCCUAAGAAGGUAGAAACGUGAUGGUUGUAUCAUGGAUCUACCUAUAUCGUUAAAAAAUGUCUGAAUAGUUUCUUAAACUGACACUCAAUACUCCUGAAAAUAAAUAUUUGUACAAAAGUCAUACUUGUUUUUUGAAAAUGACUGUUAAACCAUUGAUUAGAAGUUUUAAUUCAAAAAGUUAGUUACUAACAUUUUUAAGUUUUAUUUCAGUAAGGUUUGGGGAUUUUAAGUCAAGUUUAAUUAAUAUUUUGCAGUUGCAAACAUUCAGUCUGGUAAUUUCUAUGUUUAUGCAUAUGUUUCUACAGUGACGGCUACUUAUUCAGAGACAGUUUUUUUAAGACUUUAAAUCUACGAGCAUAUGAUUUGUUAUGUUUGUCAAGUAAAUUACUUUCUUCUCACUUGAGUUGUCUUCUUUAAUAUAGAUUAAAUGUAUGAUUGCCUAAUUAGUUUAUCAUUUAAGGGGACUUCAUCUCUUUAAAUGUAGAUGUUGAUAGAAAAUAAUAAAUUUGUUUGUAAAUAACAAUCCUCUACUGUAUUUACAAUAUAACGGUUUAUUCAGCAUUUUUCUGUUUUCACACAAAACGAUGUAUUACAAAUUUCAAAUAAAAAAUGUUAAAUAAAAUUGAAAAUUUAAUAACAUUGUUAUUAAACGAUUUUCUGUCACAAGGAUAUAAAACGGAAAUCUGCUUAAAUAAUUCAAAUAUCAAUAACAACAACAAUGAACUUGAAGUAAACGAUAAUACAUUUUAUACAUGCGGCAAUGAACGACAAACAACAGCAAUAACAACAUCAACACUAGAAAGAUCAUUAGUAUCAGUAACAACAUUAUCAUUAGAUAAGCUUUAUUACGGGCGUUUGUGUAGUAGAAAAAGAUUUGCAUCGUUUUUAUAUGUUCUAGCUGAAGUACAUGAUCUAUUUCUGUCUCGGAGCCAUUGUACUUACCGUCAACUGUACUAUAGGAAUGUUAAUAUAGAAUGCACAACAUUACAAAUACAAUGUGCUGUCAAUGAUGUUUGUCAGGCUUUAGGUACAACAUCGUGGAACUUGGGAAUAUUUGCAGCCGGAAAAUGUUUUAUAUCAGGACCUUUACUAGUGCAUAUGAGUAAUGGCGAUGUCAUCGAUUGUGAUGUAUAUAAGGGACCAACUUUGAUGCCACCAAAUUUCACUUAUAUAGACAAGUUUGUAACAACGGCCAAAUUUGUAUUGGUUGUUGAAAAGGACACAGUCUUUGAAAAUCUCAUAGUUAACGGUAUAUUCUCAAUGUUAAAUGGCAGCAUAAUAUUGGUAACAGCACGAGGUUAUCCUGAUAUAAGUACGAGAUGGAUUUUACACAAAUUAUGGAUAGAAAAUCAAUUGCCUAUUUAUGCAUUGGUUGAUGGUGAUCCAUUUGGCAUAGAAAUUAUGCUAAUUUAUCGCUACGGCUCUAUGCGUCAAGGCCUUAAUGCAAAUAAUCUAACAUGUCCUCAAUUAAAAUGGUUGGGUAUACAUCCGUCUGAUAUCAGUCACUUGAUGACACAGACGGAGCCAUUAGCAGAAAAUGAUUAUAACAAAAUUAAAUCACUUUUACAUCGUUCCUAUAUAGACCAUGAAAUUCGCACUGAGUUGUUGAUUCUCCAUAGACUGCAGUGUAAAGUUAAAAUUGAUAAUAUGUCUGCAAAUAUGUUGAAUUUAUUUAUAAGCGAUUACAUUGUCAACAAAAUAAAGAGACAAAUAGUAUUAUAACUCUAAAUUUAUAUUUAAUUGUAAAUUAUUUAUUAUCUCG